CGAGACACGCGCGACGUCCACCCCCAACACGAGAUGAGCGUCCUUCGCGCCGUCGCGCGUCGCGCGCUCGCCGCGCGCGCCGGCGUCCUCGCGCCGGUCGCGUCCUCCGCGCCGGUCGCGGUCCUCCGCGUGACGAGAUCGCAAUCCUCCCUGGCCGCGGGCGCGGAAGGGGAAGAGCUCGACCACGCCCCCGAGGCGGAGGUCGCGUUCGACGAGUCGCUCCCGGUGUACAUGACGACGCUGACGUUCUCGGAGAAGGGCGUCCAGGCGAUGCUGAACCGCGACAUCGACCGCGAGAAGUCCGCGGCGAAGAUCAUCGGCCUCCUCGGCGGUCGCUUGCAGUCGUACUACGUCACCACCACCGGCACCGCGGACGCGGUCCUCACGUACACGUUCCCCAAGAACCACGACGUGCAGACGCUCCUGUACACGCUCAUGGGAAGCGGCUCGUACGAGAGGCAGGCGCGUUCUAUACACACACUGGAGACGACGAAACUCAUGAGCUGGGCGGACGCGGCGAUGAGCCUGCGCGCGAGUCGGAACGUGUACGGGAUGGGAGGCGUGACGUGUAACAUCUCGAACGUCGGGGGCGGCGGCGGCGGGGUGGGGAAGGAUUGAGCGGCGAGGCGACGACGACCGCGGUCGGUCGGCGGCGGGCCGCCGGCGACGACGACGACGACGUUGACCUCGACCCAAUACAAAAAAAGGGUCAAAGUUCAUCGGUCAGUUGAAAGGGGACGCGGUGAACGUUGAAACCGAGGGAUGGGUGAAAAACGAAUGAAUUCAUCGC